UUUAGUUUGAUAGUUUCAAUUAGAUGUUUCGAAUAAAUAAAUGUUAAAUUCUUUAUCUUUUGUUGAUUUUUGUCGAAUUUUACUAAGAAAAAGAAUAGCAAAUAUUUUAUAAUUUAUUAAUUAGAUUUUAUUCAAUUACUGACAUCCAGAAUCGAUUAAUGAUCAAUUCUUCUAUUUAUCUAUUGAAUAUUCGUAUUGUUUUUAUAUAUCGAAUUAUUUAAUCUGAACGUAUCACUUAUUCUCCUUAGAUCAUCACAUUCAAUUUUAAUAUUUCCUUUCUUUUUCUUCUAUUGAUAUUCAUAUUGACUUCUAAGUAUUCGUUUUUUCAAUAUUAGUAUUCUUUAGAAAUAUCAUUUUCAUCAAAUCUUUCUCAUUGUAUCAAGAUUGGUAUCAUUUAAACUGUAUUAUAAUAAAUCACAUAUGAAUAAAAAUAAUAUUAUUGUUUCAUUAAAUGUUCAUAAAUUUGAUUUUCCAUGUUGAUUAUCUAAUAAUUAUGAUAAAAUCAUUAUAAAAUAUGAUAUUUUACUCUUUAAAACAUUUAUUAGAUUUUCAAAGAUUCACUUCAGAUGAUAUUGGUAUAAAUAUUAUUGAACAAAUUUUGUUGUUGUAUUUUAAAAAUAUCAUUCUGAUUUUAAUAUUCAACACAUUGAUAUAUUAAUUAAAUUUUCAUAUGAUAAAAAUAAUGAUCAAUAUAUCAUAAUAAAAUUUUCAUAGAAUUGUUUCAGAAUGUUUAAUAUGCUGUGAAACAAUUUUAUUAUGAAGCUAUACUGAGAUAUAUAAAAAUAAGUUUUGGACAAUAUCCGUUUAAAUACAAUAUUUGCGUUUUUAUAAUUAAAUCUGGUUUUAUUUAGUUAUUUAUUUCGAUAUCGUUAUUAUUUUUCAAUUAAAUCAUUUCUAUUUAUCAAUAUUUUUAAUUUUGAUAGAUUUUCUUUUGUUGAACAAUUUAUUUGAUGAAAAAGAAAUUCUUAUUUAUAUCGAAAUAAUUACAAAACAUCACAAGUUUAGAAAUUCAAUUCUUUGAAAUAAUAUGAAAAAUAAAUGAAAAAGAGAUUAAUAUAUCAUUGAUCUAGUAGAUAAAGCUGUAGAUGAAGAUCUAUGUUAAGUCUUUACUUACAUCCAAAUCUACAUUAAAACAUUCUUCGGUUUUUUAAUUUAAACCUAAAAUAAAUCCGGUUCUUUAAUUGUAUCCAUUCAUCUUAGAUAUUAUACCAGUUUUAUUAGUGAGAUUUUGUCACAAUUAGUAUUUGUUGACAUAAAACAAUUUCUUCUACUACUGAGCAAUGUUCUUGUUAAUAUUGAGUGAUUUAGUUUAUAUUUAUGUUAUAGUCAAAAUUAAAAUUCAGUCAAAUUUGAAGAUUGACUGAACUUUAAUUUUGACUACAACAUUUAUAAAAGCAGAUAAGAAUAAAUUCAUUUCUUCUAUCAACUUCUAUUCAAAGACCUGGCAAUGGCAAAUGACAAAACAUUAUGUUUCAUAUGUAAUAAUGAAAAAAUAACAUAUCCUUGUAAAGGAUGUUCAAAAGAGUUUUGUUUAGUGGAUUUAACAGAACAUCGUCAAAUAUUAACUAAUGAAUUAUAUCAUAUCACCAAUGAAUAUAAUGAAUUAAACAAACAAUUAAUGAACAAAAACAAAAUUCACAAAAUUUUCCAUUAAUAGAACAAAUUAAUCAAUGGGAAAUCGAAUCAAUUGAGAAAAUUCAACAAAAAGCACAAGAGUACAGAGAACUUGUUGUUAAACCAUCACAAACAUGUAUUAAUGAUGUUGAAAUGAAAUUUAAAGACUUGAAUGAACAAAUAAAACAAAUGCAAAAAGAAAACGAGUUUAAUGAAAUUAAUUUAAACUAUUUAAAAAAUCAAUUUAAAGAAAUCACACAAGAAUUAAAUAAUCCAUUAAAGAUUUCUAUUAAAGAAGAUUCACAAACAUUUAUUCAUGAACUUUCAAUUAUUUUAUCAAAAAAAUCAAAAUUCAACAAAUGGAAACAAAAUGCCAUUACUGUGGCUGGUGGAAAUGGACAAGGGCAAAAAUUAAAUCAGCUCAAUGGCCCUACAGGAAUAUUUAUCGAUGAAAACAAAAAUGUUUUCGUUGCUGAUGAUUGCAAUGAUCGUAUUGUUGAGUGGAAAUAUAAUGCAAAACAAGGACAAAUCAUUGCAGGUGGACAUGGCAAAGGAAGUCGACUGUAUCAAUUGAACUGUCCAACAGAUGUGAUUGUUGAUCAACAAAAUAAUGCAAUUAUCAUUGCUGAUUUUCAGAACAAACGAGUGAUUCAAAGGUUGAAUCAAUAUCAACAAGUUCUCAUUGAUAAUAUUGACUGUGCGGGUUUAGCAAUGGAUAAACAUGGAUUUCUUUAUAUUUCUAACUACAAGAGGAAUGAAGUAAGGCGAUGGAAAAUGGGAGAAUACAACAAUGAAGGAGUUGUAGUGGCAGGUGGAAAUGGACAAGGAAAUCAACUUAACCAAUUCAAUUGUCCUACUUUUAUCAUUGUUGAUGAAGAUCAAUCUGUUUAUAUAUCAGAUUCGUUCAAUCAUCGUGUGAUGAAAUGGAGAAAAGAUGCCAAAGGAGGAAUAAUUAUGGCUGGAGGAAAUGGUAUGGGAAGGAAUUUGAAUCAAUUAUAUUACCCUCAACGAGUAAUUGUUGAUCAUUGGGGUCAAAUGUAUGUGGCAGAUUGGGGGAAUAGUCGAGUAAUACGUUGGUGUGAAGAAAAAGAAGAAGGUGAAAUUGUUGUUGGUGUCAGUGGUCAAGGGGAUCAACCAAAUCAAUUGAAUUGUCCGUUCGGUUUAUCUUUUGAUGAUGAAGGAAAUCUUUAUGUUGCUGAUUGGGGAAAUGCUCGAAUUCAAAAAUUUGAAAUAAUAUUGUGA